AUGCCACGACCAAGAGGAUCCAAGGAGGCAAGGAUGUUGGCGAUAGACUUCGCCGACAUGGUGACCACCGAGGAUCGAUCGGCACCUUCUGACCUCAUCGCCCGGCAUGGCAUCUACGGCAUCUUUCAGGCCAUGCGAUCUUGUGUCCCGGGAGCUACCAGAAGCCUCGACGAUCGAUUGACCAAUCGGAAGGCGAUAUCAGAAGCGGAGAUGCUGAGAGAGCUAGAGCAGACGGGAAGGUACGAGCGAUUCAGGAGCAGGAAGGCAGUUCGGCGAUCUAUGGACCCUUCAGGUGCUGGCAUGUGUAUGUUCAAGGGGAGAAGAUGGCGAAAUCCGGAGGUCGAAUCGGACUUGCGGUAUCUGGAGAUGAGGCACCGGCAGAUGUGCAGCAUGUACGACAUCUACAACGAAAACACGUCCUUCGACAAGAUUAUGGCGAUACUCAAGGAAGUCCGGGUAGGAUGGGAGGUCUACCUCUCAGGAAGUGGGGACUUCCUCGCUCAGCAGUGGGAGGAGAACUGCAGGAAGGAAUCGAUCUUGCCGUGCAUCCCUGGCCCUGAAUGUGACCUGUCUCUGGGCAAAAGGAAGGCUGCGGAUGUUGAGGCUUCAAGCCAGGAUGAAGACUGCUCGCUACAGAGCUGUUUCGACCACGACUUUCUCAAGGAGUUCGAACUGAGCACUGCAAGCUUCGACGAGUACCUCAAUGUCCUGAUCGAGUGCACAUGA